AUCAUUUUCAUCAAGUCAACAACAUAAUUGUACGAUUAAGUAUAGAUCUACCUAUCUUUACUUGAGUCAUAUCGACUAUUGCAUCUUAAUUGCAUAAUUAACAACCCGAGGCAUCGCCUGGGAUACACACUAAUUGCAUUUUAAUUGUAUUAAUUAAUACGAACAUUAUUUCUUAACUAAUUAAUAGGGUAACUUGGAGUAAUUAACCCAAUAAACAACCUGUACUCGCAAGAAAAAAAACCAAAAAAAAUAACCGAGAGUAACAAACAUGAACAAAAAAAAGGGAUUCACUCUUUACUAUUGAGCUAGUACUAGGUCAACAGUAACACCGUAGUAAGUAGUAACUACCUUUUGUCCUUAGAAAACAGAAAAAACUGAAAGGUACUUUAUUUGUUGGGGUACAGUACCUAGUUUUGGGAUUUUGGGAACAUUUUGAAAAUAUCCAAAAAAAAAUUUAGAAAACAAAAAACAGCUUAGUAUUAAAGUGAGGCUAGUUCAAUUGUAUUUUGGUGGGCGGCCUCUCCUCACUCUUUUUUGCUUUGAUUUCGUCUCCUCCUUCCAGUUCCAACCCCUCUUUUUCUUCUCCUCAGGUGCUCAACAACAAUUCUAUACUCUCUGACGCUUCGAUUCGAUUCGACGAAUAUCAUAUCAUCUUCGCGCAGAUUAAUGGUUGGAUCAGAGAGGGGUGAAGAAGAGGUGAAUUAUAGGUUUCGUAAAUUGGAAGAAAUGGGGUCAGAAAAUAAAAAUAUUGAUAAUGGAUUAAACGACAUAGUUCUUGAACAAGGUGAGAGCAGCAAUAGCUCUCCUCCUUAUUAUUUGGAAAAAUUCACCCUUUACGAAACCAUAAAGGAUUUCUACAUGGUUGGAAGAGAUGCAAAAAGAGAGCAUUGGAGGGUGUUAAAAAUUGACAGAUCUAAACCUUCUGAACUUGUUUUCUGUGAAGAUCCAAAAACUUAUUCAUAUGAGGCAUGCAAGAGUUUAUUGGGCGCCAUACGUGGCCUCAAAUGCGUUACCGAUUACUACGGUAUUGUAGGUUUCAUCCAAUUUGUGAAAUCUUAUCAUAUCCUUCUCAUAACUGAGAGGAAAGAAGUUGGAAAGAUUUUAGGUCAUCCGAUAUAUUCUAUAUCUAAAUAUAGGAUGAUUUCAAUCUCGCAAUCUACUGCUUUGACGUACAUGUAUAAUUCUUCAAAAGAAAAUAGGUACAAGAAACUCUUGCAGCUAGUUGAUCUCAGGGAUAAUUUCUUUUUCAGUUACUCAUACCCUCUUAUGAAUAGGGUACAACAUAAUCUAAAUAGUCAAGAAACGAGACUUUCUUAUGAUAACAUGUUUGUAUGGAAUGAAUAUUUAAGUUAUCAAAUUAGGGAGAGUCUCAAAUCUACUAUUUGGACUGUUGCACUAAUACAUGGAUUUUUCAAACAGGUUGAGUUAUGCACUGGUGGAAAGAAUUUCAUUUUAACCCUUAUUGCAAGAAGAUCAUGUCAAUUUGCAGGCACUAGGUAUGAGAAAAGGGGUGUCAAUGAAAAGGGUCAAGCUGCAAAUGAUGUCGAGAUUGAGCAGAUAGUUUGUCCAAGUAUUAAAGGCAAAAGCCCCACUGAAAUCACUUCAAUUGUGCAAAAUCGCGCUUCCAUACCUCUUUGUUGGUCACAAAAGUCGUCAUUGUUUACUCUAAAGCCUGAUAUCCUACUUUCAGAAGGCAACCACUGCUAUGAUGCAACACAACUUCAUUUCCACAAUAUGCGCAUAAGAUAUGGAGUGCCAAUUAUUAUUCUGAAUCUUAUUAAGUCAUCCAAAGAAACCCACCGCGAAUAUCUUUUGCAUAAGAAAUUCGAGGAAGCAGUGGAUUUCGUUAAUAAGAAGUUGGAUGUUGAGAAUCGAGUGCAGUUUGUAAGCCUAGACCUUGAUGCAGCCUUCCGAGAUGAGAAAACCGAUGAACUGAAAGAACUUCAAGGUUUUGCUGAAAAUGCACUAAGUAAAACUGGAAUCUUUUCUUGUUCUUGUCAAAUGGCUCAAUCUGUAAACUAUGAAUCUUCACUUGACUCAUCACAUAUCGGGAUCAGCUCAAGUGAUAACAACAACAUAUGUAACCAGAAGGGGAUCAUAAGAGUAAAUUGCCUCGAUUCUUUAGAUCGCACUAAUUUUGCUCAAUAUGUGUAUGGUUUGGUUUCGCUUGGUCAUCAGUUGCAUACUUUAGGAAUAAUUGAAUCCCAAGAUCAGCUCAACAUUGAAGACCCUUUAGCAUGUGACUUGAUGAACCUUUAUCAGGCCAUUGGAGAUGCCCUUUCCCGGCAAUAUGGUGGGUCUCCAGCGCACCAUAAGAUAUUCUCCAAGAUCAGGGGUCAAUACAAAAUGGCUUCGCAAUUUCAAGAGUUCAUGAAAAGCAUUCAGCGUCAUUGCAGUAAUUCUUUCACAGAUGGUGCUAAGCAACAGGCUAUUGAUUUAUUCUUGGGACAUUAUAAACCUGAAUUUGAAGGUGGUGAAUUGAUUCCCUGCGAAACAGAUUCAGAUCAGAUUGACAAGUGUGGAUGGAUGAAUUACACCUACUUGCAUAACAUAUCCAGGUGUAAUCCAUGCAUCUAUUCCGACUUUGACAGGCUAUUAUUUGAAAGCGAUGCUGAUGAAGCUGGUCAUCAGUGCUUGACAGGACCACCUGGAAGUCCUCAGCAUGAUUCGCAAGAAGGGUUUCUUUUGGUCGAGUUUCCUACUGGAUCGUAAUGUGUCUAGUCUGAAUCAAGAACCAGCGCUUUUUGACCUUUUAACCAUUGAGGCCCUUUAAAUUUUGUGAAAGCUCGGCAGAACGCAAAUUCUUGUCAUUGCCCUGGUAGAAAGAGAGGAAAGCUCGGCAGAACGCAAUGAUCUUGUCAUUGCCCUGGUAGAAAGAGAUGAUCUAUCUUCCUUUGAAGGAAGCAAUUGUUUGGUGAAGUGUGGAGUGAUAUUCAUCUUAUGCAGGCGUCUUUGUACCCUGGUUCCGCAUACACAGUUUGUAGUUCCAAAUACAGAGAAUUGAAGGUAUAAUAGAUAUACAGAAUUGAAGGUAUAAUAGAAAGACAGAAUAGAAACAUCUCAGGUUUUAUGUACUCAGUAUUAUACAUUUCAUAUCAAAUACUCAA